AUGCAGCGCUUGGGUUUCCUGCUGCUUGCACUGGACUUUGUGCACUUAGGUUCGGCUCCGUUUUUGCGGAGCUUCGGAUGCCCCGGCUUCUUCACGCCAGCAUAUGGAAUGGCCAGCCUUGGCCUCCCACUUCCCGCACCGGACCUUGUGCAGCUGGGACCUUCCUUCUCUUUGUGCAGCUUUUCCAGGGUGGGCAGUGCACCUCCGAUCUACGGCAUGGCAUGGCCUGGCUCUUCCAUGCUGACCUCAGACUUUGUCCAUCUAGGCCUAAUUCUGCCAAUUCGAUCCUUUGCAUGCUCCGGUCCCUUGCCUCUGGUCUAUGGAAUGGCUUGGCCAAGCUUGUCCUUGCCUGCUUCGGAUUUCGUGACACCUGGCAGCUCCAUGCCCUCGCGAGGUUCUUUGUUGUCAGUUCUCGAUUUUGCUACCUUCGGGCCACCAGUGCCUUCACAGAACUUGGUCCGACUCGGUUUGGCCUUGUCUGCCUACGGAAUGGUGACUUUGGACUUCUUCUUGCCCGCCUUGGACUUUGUUCACAUGGACUUGGCCAUAUUGUCGAAAGGCCUCCAGCAACCAGGCUUCUCAUUGUCAGUCUCUUCUGAGGUGAGAACGGGCAGCUGCCUCCCAGUGCGCGACAAAGCCGAAUCUGGUAGCGCGAUCGCCGUGCAGAGCUUUACACGGCUCGGAAGCUCAUCAUUGGCCUACGGUCUCGUUCGCUUUGGCCUGGCCAUGUCUGUUCUUGACCCUUGUGCGCUGGGUAGUUUGCUGCUUCUGCGGGUUGGCCCGACGACGUUAGCCUACGGAAUGGCCUGGUUAGAUUCCUCACCGCUCGUUCUGGACUUCGUGCACUCAGACUUGACGAUGCCUCCACGUGGAUUUCUGUGCUCAGGCCCCACACCCUUUGUCUUCGGAAUGUCACGAUUGGAGCCGCCAUUCCUGGUGUUGGACUACAUUCACUUGGGGCUUACUUUGUCUCCUCGAGGACUUUGUCAUCUCGGCCCAAGUGCACCGCUUUCCGGCAUAUCCAAACCGGACUCGACCCUCCCAGCCCCAGACUCCAUCCAGACAGGCUUCACUCUCCCGCUCCAUGGACUUUCCUGCCUUGAGUCAUCCUCAUUGACCUAUGGGUUGGCUCGGCUUGGAUCGCUGACGCCAGCUUUGGACUUUGUUAGCCUGGCCUCCUUCUUGUUGCUGCACAGUUUGGCUUGCUCGGACCCCACCCCGUCCUUGUACGGAAUGGCCAGGCCUGGGCCAUUGCCGCUUGUCUCAGAUAUGGUCAUACCAGGUUCCACAUCAUCGACGCAGAGCCAUGCUUGGCCGGACAGUGCUCUGCCCGCCUAUGGCGUUGCCCGGCUGGGGCCAUCACCGCCAGCACUACAGUUCGUGACGCUUGGCUCGGCCCUCCCACCCAGAGGCUUCACACGGGCUGGUAGUACGUUGCCUGUGUAUGGCUGCGCCUGGUUGGGUUCGCCGCCUUCAGCCCUAGAUCUUACACAAAUGGGCUCCUCUUUGUUGCUUCAAGGGCAUGUUCAGCUCGGCAGUGCAAUGCCCGCGUAUGGUGUGUCGUGGCCAGGAUCGCCGCUGUCGCCAUCAGACCACGGCAACAUGGGCCCCAUGCUUCCGCUACAUGGCUUCCUGCGUGCUGAUCUGUCUUCGUUGGUCUUUGGCAUGUGCCGGCUUGGAUCGUUUUUGCUGGUGCUAGAUUUCUUGCAUCCCGGUCCUGCCCCAUUGCCGAAAAGCCUCGUCCGCUGCGGCAGCGCUCCACUUGUGUAUGGAAUUGCUCGACCAGGGCUGAUCCUGCCGGCCUUGGACCUUAUUACCCUGGAACCGUCCGCCUCACCUAGAUCAUGUGGACACCCUGGUCUGUCCCUGUCGCUUUAUGGAGCAAUGCGCCCGGGACUUAUGCUACCCGUGCUGGAUUGGAUGAGCUCUGGCAGCACAGUACCUAUCCACAGCUUCGUGAAGCUCGAAUUGUCUUUGCCUGCAUCCGGAAUGACAAGGCUAGGACUCUUCAUGCCUGUGCCGGACUCUGUGAACACAGACCACGUGACCCCCGGCUCAGCUGUUUCCCUGCAAUCACAUGUGCGCCUCGACUCUGCCAUGCUGAUCUACGGCACGACGCAACCAGGCUUUUUUCUGCCAGCUUUGGAUCACAUUCAGUCCGGCCUGUCCUUGUCUUCACGAGGGCCUGUUCGAUUUGGCUUCUUCAUGCUUGUGUAUGGACUGGGCCAGCCCGAUCUGCUCUUGCCGAUCCUGGACUUUGUGAGUCCGGAAUCGUCAAUGCUUCCGAGAACUUUCGUGCAGCCCGGGUUCAUGCUGCUUGUGUCCGGUGUUGCAAGGCUUGAGUUGUUCCUGCUUGCUCUGGAUCUCGUGUCCUUGGGAAGUGUGCCGUCACUGAGGCAGCCUGCGCGCCCCGGCUCGGCUCUUUCGACUUACGGGACGGUGUGCCUGGGAUCCUUUCCACCCAUGCUAGACCACGUAACUUUUGGGAGCUUGCUACCUUUGCAUGGCUCGGGCUGCACGGGGCUCUCUACCUCUGUCUUUGGGCUGAGCCGCCCGGGACUCAUGAUGCCAGCGCUAGACUAUGUGCACAUGGCUUCACCGGCCUUGCUUCGAAGCCUCGGAUGUUUGGACUCUUUGCUGCUGGCCUAUGGUAUGCUCCGCUCGGAACCUUUGAUGCCAACUUUGGAUUUUCUACAUACGGCAUCCUUCCUGCUGUUGCACACCCAUGCGCAUCCUGGACUGCCACUGCCCAUGUACGGGGCGACGUGUCUUGACCUACUGUUGCUUGCCUCGGAUUUCAUUCAUGCAGACUUGACGAUGCUGCCCCGCAGUUCUGCUCGGCUGGGAUCUGCGCCGUUGACAUAUUCGAUGGCACGUCCAGAGUUGCUGCUGCUUGCACCCGAUCAUGUGGUGGACUUCUUGCCACCUCCUUAUGGCAUGGCGCGACCUGAGUUCGCACCAUCAGCCCUGGACUUUGUGACAUUGGGAUCUGCUAUGUCCUCGCAAGGUUCCUCGACGUCGGCAUACGGGUUGGCUUGCCUCGACGCCCCACCAUCAGUGCUGGACUAUGUCUCGCUGGAUUCCCUUCUGCUCGCACGUUCUCUUGUUUGCUUUGGCCCAAUCCUCACGGCCUUUGACAGUUGCCGCUUUGCAUCUCUGAUGCCACUGCGAAGCUUUGCACAUCCAGAAAGCCCGUCAUCAGCAUAUGGACUGGCGCGUUCGGACUUGUCGAUCUCUACCUUGGACUUUGUUCAGAUCGGGCUUCCACUCUUUUCGCGAAGCUUUGCCAGACCUGGCCUGUCGACCCUUCUGUAUGGAUUCAGCAAGAUGGACUCGUCGCCGUUUGUCUUGGACUAUGUGGUGUCAGGCUCCACCAUGUUGCUGAAAGCAUUCGCAAGACUCGGUAGUCCGAUGCCAGUGUAUGGAAGUUUCCGGCCUGGUCUAAGCUGUUCAGUCCUGGACUUCAUCCACCUUGGCAGUGUGCUGCCGCUGCACAGCCUUGCUUGCUCGGGUUCUUUUGUGUUGACGUUUGGCAUCGUCAGGCCCGGCCUUCCUAUGCCAGCACUCGAUCAUAUCACAGCUGGCUCCCCAGCUUUGCCGCAAAGUUGCACAUGUAUGGGCUCCUUCGUAUUCACUUAUGGCUUCACUUGCCCGGAAAGCUUGUCGUCCGUUUCGGACUUUGUGCACAUGGGUUCUCCGGUGCUGUUGCGAAGCUUCGCCUGGCCAGAGUUCACCCUUCUGGUGUAUGGGACAGCGAGACUGGCGUCGCUUUCGUCAGCCCCCGAUUCUGUAACCAUCGGCCUGACGAUGUCACCCCAUAGCCUCGCUCAGUCGGGAUUGGCAUCGCCGGCAUACGGUUUGUCUCAGCCUGGGAGCCUGUCGUUGGUCCUGGACUUUGUUGGCCUGGGCAGCUCGUUGUCUUUGAGGGCCUCCUGCCGAACGGAGAAUGCACUUCUUGCGUAUGGCCUGUCACGGCUCGAUUUUUUGUCCCUGGCCUCAGACUUCGUCCAUCUCGGCUCCUUGCUAUUGGUGCACAGCUCCGUGUGGAUCGGGCUUGUGCUGCUUGUUUACGGCUUGUCCCAAUUGGACUUCCCGAUUCCUGUUCCGGACCCUGUGUCCUCCGGCAGUUUGCCUCCGCCCAGAGCAUCCGCUUGCUCCGACUUCACUUUGCUUGCUUCUGGCUGUUCCCUACCUGGGUCACCUUUGCCGGCAUCGGACUUCGUAACCUUUGGCUCCUCCACACUGCUGCAUGCCCCUGCACAAUCGGGCAGCUUGCCGUCGGUCUAUGGUCUGCUGCGCCUGGGUUUGCCACUGCUGCCACCUGACCCUGCGCACUCAGAACCUUCCUUGCUGCUCCGAACGCUGGCAUGCUUCGGCCCUUCAACACUCGCUUACGGCAUUGUGAGGCCGGGUCCUCCAGCGCCAGUGCCAGACCUCAUUAGCUUGGGGCUGCUGCUGCUGUUGAGGGGCCUUGCCCGACUUGAACUUUCAUUACCUGCGUCUGGCAUGACACGGUUGGGGCCUAUCCUGCCGAUCCCUGACCUCAUCCACCUGGGCCUUGUUAUGUCCGUGUAUGGGAUGUCGCAGCUGGGCCGGGAAGCAUACUUUCAGUAUGGAAGGAGACGAUUCCUGGACCCGGUUUUGCAUGACCAGACUCAUUUCUGUUGGCUUAUGGAAUCGGGAUCUUCCACGUCGAUCUAUGGCAUGAGCAAACUAGGCUUCCCUUCGUCGGCCUCGGAUUAUGUUCAAUCUGACUUGCUGACACUUCCCAAGACCUUCCUCCACCCAGAACCGAUGCUCUUUGCAUAUGGUCUGGCCCGCGCGGAAUUGACCUUGUCCGUGCUGGACUUCGUGAACACAGAUCUCCCGACUUCAACUCACACCUUUGUACGUCCCGGGUUCCUGCUGCUUAUUUGGGGCAUGACCCGCCUCGGCCCAAUGCCGCCUCCGCUCGAUUGUGCGAACCUGGACUUGCUCUUGUUUUUAAGAGGCUUCUUGUGGCCUGGUCUUUUGCUUCUCCUCUAUGGCCUCAUGACCCUUGACCUGUCGAUGCCAAUUCUAGAUUACAUCAACGCCGGCUUCAGUCCACCUGUACGGAGCUUCGCACGCCUUGGCCCGUCUCUGUCCACUUGGGGAAUUAGCAACUUGGAGUUCCCACUGCCCACCUUGGACCUUGUCAACAUCGGUCCGGUCUCGUUGCUUCGCAGCCAUCUGCAACCUGGCAGCCCGCUGUUACUGUACGGCAUGACGGCGCCAGGCUUCCCGCUUCUUGCACCAGACUUGGUUCACUCGGACAGCGUUACGCCCUUGCGAAGUCUCCUUCAUCUGGGGCCGACAUUAUCUGCUUUUGGAAUGCUUCGCCUCGGAUUGACAAUGCUGCCUUCAGACUUUGCGCAGCCCGGGCCAGCCUUGCUGCUCAGAGGUUCUGUGAGACUCGAUCUGUUGCCACUUGUCUGGGGUAUGACACGGUUGGGCUUCUUUCUGCCGCCUCUGGACUCCUGCCACUCUGGCCCGUCGAUGUCCUUGCAAAGCCUUAUGCAGCUUGACCUUUCGCUGUUGCCCUAUGGCUGCAUGCAACUAGGCUCACCAUUGUUACCCCUUGACCUUGCCAAUCCUGACUCCUUGCUGCUUCUAAGGUCAUCCGCGAGAUUGGGUUUGCCUUCGUCCGCCACGGGCAUCACCCAUCCUGACCUUCCCUUGCUCAUUCUGGAUUUCAUUGGCUCCGGCCCCUUUGCUUCGCUCAGAAGUUCCAUCAGAAUGGGGUUGGUGCUGUCUAUUUACGGCUUGGUGAAGUCAGGCUCGAGCUCACCAGCAUGUGAUUCCGUCAACAUCGGGUUGACGACGUUUCCUCGGGGCUCCGUGCAUUCCGGCCCCCUCACGCCCACCUAUGGACUGGCUCGGCUAGGCUCCUCUCCUUUGGUGCCGGAUCAUAUCAGUCCCGACUUCCUGACACCUCCGCAAGGCCUCUGCCAGCCAGGCAGUCUGCUGCCAGUCUACGGUUUGACACAGCUCGGCGAAAGGCCCUCAGUACUGGACCCUGUAAACUUUGCGUCCUUGCCAUCGGUGCAGGCACUCUGCCAAACUGGUAAGAGUCUCUUGGUGUAUGGUCUGGCUUGGCUAGGUUUCAUUUCGUUGACACCGGACCCCACCCACUCAGACUCGACACCUCCCUUGCGAAGCCUUGCAUGCAUGGGCAGUUCUUUACUGCUCUAUGGCCUGUCGUGCAUUGGUUCCCUGGCUUCAACACUUGACCUUGUUGGAAUUGAGUUGUUCCUACCCUUGCAUGGGCCUGCACACCUUGGUUUGCCCCUUCUGGCAUGGGGAACUGCAUGCCCAGGCCCACCCCCUUCCGCACCAGACUCUGUACAGCUGGGCUUGAGUUUCUCCCUUCGGAGCUAUUUGAGGCUCGGCCCAACUCUAUUGGCCUACGGAUGCGGGCAGCUUGACUUGCCACCCUUCGUGCCAGACCUUGUUCACAUCGAGUUCCCGUCGCUGCUCCAAAGCUAUGCGUACUCGGGAAGUCUUCUGUCGUUGUAUGGCAUGGCCCGCCUGGAACUGCCAUUGCUUGCCCCCGACUGUGUCAAUCCGGAGUCAUUGCCACCAUUGCAGUCGCUUCUUUGUUCAGACCUGCUGCUGCCAGCCUGUGGCUUCUCGCAGCUCGACCUCUCCAUGUCUGUCCUUGACCCUUUCCAUUCAGGAUCAACGCUGCUGCUGCAGGCCUCUGCAUGGCCAGACCUCCUUAUGUCUGCGUAUGGAAUAGCGAGGCUCGGUUCGUUCCCAUCGGCAUCGGAUUUUGCAGCUCUGGGCUUGUCGUUCCCCUCGCGAAGCCCUUGUUGGCUUGAGUCUUCAAUUCCAGUCUCCGGCGUGUCAAAGCUCGGGUUUUCGACUUCUGCGCUGGACUUUGCAAAUUUGGGAUCGGCGUUUUUGUCACGUGGCCCGAUGUGCCUCGGCCUCUUUCUGUUGGCCUACGGCAUGUCGCUGCUGGGUUUACCGCCCUUGGUGUCGGACUUUGUUCAGUCUGGGAGUUUGAUGCUGCUGCAAGGGCCUCUGCGACUCGGUAGUGUGCUGCUCGCCUACGGCUUCAGUCAGCCGGAGCUACUGCUGCCUCUAUCGGACUCUGUGCACCCAGAGCCCGCGAUGCCUUCACACAGUUUCCUGCGCCUUGAUCUUUCCAUGCUUGUUUACGGGAUGUUCAGGUCGGGUUCGUCCCCAUUGCUUCUUGACUGUACGCACCUUGGGUUCCCGCUGCCGUCACACAGCCCCUUCCAAACUGGAAGCAGCUCGUCGUCGUUCGGAAUGUCAUGUUUGGGAUCUCUGCUGCCAGCCCUCGACCUUGUGCAUCUUGACCUGUCCUUGUUUCUGCAAUCCUUCCUCUAUCUUGAGCUAACGCUGUUCUUGUUUGGUCUGAAUCAGAUGGGGCUUUCGCCCUCUGUGCUGGACUUCGUGCAGAUGGGAUCCUCUUCGUUGCCGCGGGGCCUCUCCCAAACAGACCUUUCUCUCUCGACUUAUGGCUUGGGUCGGCCAGACUUCUCCCUACCUACCUCGGACUGCAUGCAUCCUGGCAGUUUGCUGUUGUUGCGAACUCCCAUGCAGGCAGAAUUUUUGCCACCGGUAUCUGGUAUGUGCUGUUUGGAGCUUCUAUCGCCAGUGAUAGAUUCUGUGCAUACUGGGCUGCCGACGUUGCCUCAAGGAUCUUUUCACCUCGGCCCCUCUCUGCCUGCAUACGGCCUGUCGCGGACGGGGCUUGCGACUCCAGCGCUGGAUUUCUUGCACCUGGGUUUGCCUCCACUACCGCAGACCACGGCGUGCCUCGACAGCUCCUUGUUUGUUUAUGGCGUUGCGCGGCCUGACUCAAGUUUGCUGGUGUUGGAUCUUGUUCAUCUCGGCUCUUUGCUGUUCCUGCAAUCGCUGAUGCAGACGGGUCCGUUCCUGCCGACUUUCGGCAUGGAAUGCUCAGAAUCGUUGCCUCCUGUGCCAGACCCUGUUCACUUGGGACCCAUCUCGCUACCACAAAGCUUCUUGCGUUCAGGGAGCGCACUGCUAGUGUACGGACUAGUAUGGCCUGAAAGCUUCUUGUUCCUGCCGGAUCGCAUCAACCUAGGAUUGCCGGCGCUGCCACGUAGUCCUUUGCACUCGGAGCCAAGUAUGUUACCCUUCGGUGUCACUCGUUCAGGCUUCUUCCCUUUUGCUCUGGACCUUGCGCAGUCCGAGCCGUCCAUGAGCUUGCGGGGCCCCACACGACUCGACCUGGCGUCAUCCGUUUAUGGAAUUACCUGUUCAGGACCUCCACUGUUUGUCCCGGACCCCGCGCACUUGGGUCCGUCCCCGCUGCUUCACGCAUUUGCAAGACCUGGGUUGUUAGCACCAGCUUACGGUAUCUCCCUUUCAGGCUCGUCCCUUUUGGCACUGGAUCCCGUCCAUGCUGGGCCGCUGCUUCCCCUGCAAACUUCCUGCUGCUUGGGUCCAUCCAUGUCGGCCUUCGGCCUGAGUUGCCUUGGCAGUCCGCCGCCUACUCCGGACUCCGUGUCCACAGGUCCGCCGGUUUCGCUGCGGCACUUCAUGCGCAUGGAGCCGUUGAUGCCUGUAUAUGGAAUAACGUGGCCUGGCUCGAUUCUGCUGGUUCUGGAUACUGUAAACACGGGCCUCCCAUCAUCUUCACAGAGCUUCCUGCACCUGGGCCUGACAUCGCUGCUCUUUGGCAUGACCCGUCUUGACCCGUCCUUGCCGUUGCCAGACAUGAUCAGCCUUGGCUCCUCACCACCGGCACAGGCCCUCAUGUGCACCGGCAGCAGUCUGUUGGCUUCUGGGCUUUGCAGACCUGGCCCGACCCCGCUGGCAUCAGACCUCCUGUCUUCAGGCCUACCCUCGCCUCCGCAGGCCUCUCCCGUCAGUGCUCGAUCCCGGCCACCUCGGGCCACUGCUUCCUCUGCGGAGCUCUGUGCGAUCUGGCAGCUCGUGCUCAGCAUACGGACCUUUGUGCAACCCGGCUUGCCUGCGCCAGCCUAUGGCUUGACAAAGCCGGGGCUCUCUCCCUCGGUGCUGGACUCUAUCCAUCCCGAGUCCCCGCUGCUUCUUCGUAGCUCCGCUUGGCCGGGUUUCCUGUUGCUGCUCUUUGGCUUGUCUUGGCCAGAUUUCCUGCUGCUCGCCUCGGACUCCGUGCAGAUUGGUCCUCUGCCGUCCGCCCGAGCCCCUUGCCGAAUCGGCCCUUUUUUGUCGGCAUAUGGGGUGUCGCAGCCGGAGCUCCUUCUGCUUGUGCCAGACCUCGUGAAGAUAGGCUUUUCCCUGUUGCUGCAGGCAUACUUCAGACCAGGAAGCUUGCUGCUGGCUUCUGGAGUGGCUAGGAUGGGCUUCUUGCCAUUGGUUCUGGACCCCGUGCACUCAGACUCGUCGCCCCUGCUGCAGACUUUCAUGCAAAUUGACAGCUUUUUGUCGGUCUAUGGCAUCGGUUGGCCCGGCCCGUCACCCUCGGUGCCGGACCUCGCUCAGGCCGAAUUCCUACUGUCCACACGAACAUCUGCUCGCAUCGGAUCCGCCUUGCUGGCAUACGGUCCGCUGCCUCCCGUUCCAGAUCUCCUGCACUCAGGCUCCUCCCUGUCUCUUAGAAGCCAUAUGCGCUUGGAACUGGCAAUGCUUGUGUACGGGAUGGCUCAACUCGGCCUGUCGCCCCUUGCCUCGGACCUUGUCCACUCAGGCUCGAGCCCGUCGCCGAAGACCUUCUUGCGGACGGGCUUUGCACCUCUUGCUUUCGGUCUGUCCAGGCUGGACAGUUCCCUGCCUGUGCUGGACCCCGUGCAUGCUGGCAGCUUAAUGCCGGCAAAGACUCUUGCCUGCAUAGGCCUCACAUUGUUGGUGUUUGGCAUGUGCUGGCCUGGCCUGUUCUCACCACCUCCGGACCUUGUGCACUCAGAGUCCCCGUCAUUUCUCAGGGCCCUUGCACAGCCUGGCAGCGCUCCACUUGCUUAUGGCAUUGCUUGUCUUGAGCUGACGCCCUCCGCGCCAGAUUGUGCCCACUUCGACUUGCCGCCGCCUUUGCACUCCCACAUGCAAACUGACAAGUCCUCACCAGCUUAUGGCACAAGUUGUUCAGAUUUGCCGCCCCUGGUUCCAGACCUUGCAAUAACUGGGCCGUGCUUGCCCUUGCAAUCUCACAUGUGGCUCGGCCUUCUCUUGUUUGCUUACGGCAUGGUGCAAUUGGAAUUCCCAUCGCUCGUGUUGGACUUCAUCCGACUUGAGUCAGGCUUGUUUUUGCGUGGCUUGAGUCCACCCACUUCUGGAAUGUCGCGUUCAGACCUGCUGCUUUCUGUGCCGGAUCUCGCAUCGCCAGAGUUUCCACUGCCACUCCAUGGUAUGCUCUGUCUUGAACCAGCCAUGCCAACUUACGGGAUGUGCUGCUCAGACUUGCCCUCACCUGUGCCGGACCUCAUUCACCCCGACCCGUUUCUGCUGCUGCAUAGCCACAUUCAGCUGGGUCUGAGCCUGUCCCCUUAUGGAAUGAGCCGGCUGGGCCUCCCAUCUCCCAUCCUGGACCUCGUUCAUUCUGAUUUCGCUAUGCUUUCGAGGGGCCUUGCCUGCCUCGGGUCGUUUCCACCGCUCUUUGGAAUAACGCGGCCAGGACCUUUCCUGCUUGCCUCGGACCUCUCGCAUUUUGAUCCCUUGCUGUCCCUGAGAAGCUUCAUCCGCUGUGAACCAUUUGUGUUGGCCUACGGCCUUGUUCUGGCGUACGGCAUGGUCUGCCCAGACCUGAUCCUGUCAGCGCCUGACCUGAUCCACCUGGGCUUGUCCAUGCCGUCGAGAUCUUUCAUGCGAACGGGAAGCUCCCUGCUGGUGUUCGGCAUGACAAAGCCUGGUCCACCCACGCUGGCUUCGGACUCCAUAUCUUUCGGCUUCAGUUUGUUGCUUCAAAGCUUUAUGUGUCUGGAAUCGAGCGUGCCAGCGUAUGGCUUAGCCCACCCAGAACCUUUACUGCCGGCAUCGGAUCUUGUUUUACUUGGUUCUCCCUCAUCCGUGCGAAAUACGUGCCAUGCUGGCAGCGUUCUGCUCUUUUUUGGGCAGUGCCGCACAGAUGGUGCCAUGCCAGUACCUGAUCUCUUCCAUCUAGAGUUGUUCUUGCUUUUGCAUGCCCUUGCUUAUUUCGACUCAAGCCCCCCAAUUUAUGGAAUCAGCCGGACGGGCUUUCCGCCCCUUGUCCUAGACUUCGUGCACUUGGGCUUCUCACCAUCCUCGAGAGGCCUCGCGUGCUUGGGCUUUCUUUCACCACCUUAUGGUAUGACGUGGAUUGGCCCGCUGCUACUUGUUCUCGACCUUGUGCAUCUCGAGUCUGCCUCGCCGAUGAGAUGCUUUGGUCGUCUUGGGAGCUCGACUUCGCUGCUCGGUGGGGCCUGCAUUGAAGGCGCCGUGCUUGCCCUUGACUUUAUGCAUUCAGAGCUCCUGCUGUCCCUGAGGAGUUAUUUUCGACUUGAGAGCAGCUUGCCCGUGUUCGGAAUGACACGCCUAGGAUCGUUUAUGUCAGCACUUGACUUUGUGGCGACGGGCCUGAUGUCGUCGCUGCAGUCGUUUGUGCAUGUUGGCUCUUCAAUCUUGCUCAUUGGUGAGAUUCGCUACGGCGGCAGGUUCUCUAUAUUGCAAUUCGCAAACUUCGGCAGUGUGCUGUUUCUUCGGAGCCCUGCUCGCCCCGGCCCUUUGACUCCUGUCUACGGCAUGUCGAGGUUGGGCUUGCUGCUUUUGGCUCUGGAUCUUGUGCAUUCAGGCUUGUCGCUCCUCUUGCGCUCAUCUGUGCGAACGGACUUAUCGCCAUUCGUCUAUGGGCUGUCAAGGCUGGACAGCUCAAUGCCUGCGUCGGAUUUCAUCCAUUCGGGAUUUGCCAUUUCCUUGCAAACCUAUGGUUAUCUAGACAGCUUGGUGUCGACCUACGGCCUGACAUGGCUCG